AGCGGUCGGGGCCGGAGGCGCAGAGGAGCGGCGGGGAGCGGCCGGGCCGGGAGGGUCCCGUGUGGAGCCGAGGCCCGGGUGUCUGGGCUCGAAGCCCCUCGUCCCCGCAGCUGCCAUCGCCCAGGAGCAGCAGCUGUGCCCGGGGUCCCGGCGGCGGCGGCGGCGGCGGCGAGGGGAGGAGGAGGAGCUGCAGCUGGACGGUGGCAGCUGGAGGAGGAGCCGCGCGGCUGUCCCGUGCGCCGGGGAGAGGGCCGGCCGCUCUGCCGGGGCUGCGCCGCGCUGAGAUGCCCCGCUGACCGCGGCCAUGCAGCCUUGACCGGGCGCUCGGACGUGGGGACCGGCCGCGGGGCGCGCCCUCCCGGGAAGGGGCAGCGGGUGCGGACAACAGGACUUUACUGCCGACUCCAGCCCCGCUGGGUGCCCAGCCAUCCACCAUGGAACCCGUGACCAAGUGGAGCCCCAAGCAAGUGGUGGACUGGACGAGAGGGUUAGAUGAUUGCCUGCAGCAGUACGUCCACAAGUUUGAACGGGAGAAGAUAAAUGGAGAGCAGCUGCUACAGAUUUCCCAUCAGGAUCUUGAGGAGCUGGGUGUCACACGAAUUGGACACCAGGAACUUGUAUUGGAGGCUGUCGACCUUCUCUGUGCACUGAAUUAUGGCCUUGAAACUGAUAACAUGAAGAACUUGGUUUUGAAACUUCGAGCAUCUUCCCACAAUUUACAGAAUUACAUAAGUGGCCGGCGGAAAAGUCCAGCUUAUGACGGAAACACCUCCCACAAGCCCCCCAAUGAGUUUCUGACUUCCGUGGUGGAGCUCAUAGGCGCUGCCAAGGCCUUGUUAGCUUGGCUGGACCGGACGCCGUUUACAGGGAUCACCGAUUUCUCAGUAACGAAGAACAAAAUCAUUCAGCUUUGCCUGGACCUGACAACCACCGUGCAGAAGGACUGCCUUGUGGCAGAGAUGGAGGACAAAGUUUUAACCGUAGUCAAGGUUCUAAAUGGCAUCUGUGACAAAACGAUCCGAUCUGCCACGGACCCUGUGAUGAGCCAGUGUGCGUGUCUGGAGGAAGUGCACUUACCAAACAUUAAGCCCGGGGAAGGCCUGGGCAUGUACAUCAAAUCAACCUAUGAUGGAUUGCACGUGAUUACUGGAACCACAGAGAAUUCCCCGGCAGACAGAUCUCAGAAGAUUCAUGCUGGUGAUGAAGUCAUUCAGGUUAAUCAGCAAACUGUGGUGGGCUGGCAGCUCAAAAACCUAGUGAGAAAGUUGAGAGAGAACCCUACCGGAGUUGUGUUGCUGCUGAAGAAGCGCCCCACAAGUUCCUUCAACUUUACUCCUGCUCCCCUGAAAAACCUACGCUGGCGGCCGCCUCUGGUGCAGACCUCACCUCUGCCCACGACCACCCAGUCUCCAGACAGCACUAUGGACGCCUCGCUGAAGAAGGAGAAGCCGGCCAUCCUGGAUCUUUACAUCCCUCCUCCUCCGGCCAUUCCCUACUCGCCCCGGGAGGAGAACGGGAGUGCUGGUUAUGGAGGAGUCAGCAAGUGUAAACAGCCACUGCCUGGUCCUAAGGGAUCCGAGUCCCCCAAUUCCUUCCUGGAUCAGGAAAGCCGGAGACGGAGAUUUACUAUCGCUGAUUCUGAUCAGUUGCCUGGGUAUUCGGUGGAAACCAAUGUUCUGCCCACAAAAAUGAGAGAGAAAACACCAUCUUACGGCAAGCCCCGGCCUUUGUCCAUGCCUGCGGACGCCAGCUGGAUGGGGAUUGUGGACCCUUUUGCCAGGCCUCGAGGUCAUGGGAGGAAAGGUGAAGAUGCUCUUUGCCGGUAUUUCAGUAAUGAGCGGAUCCCGCCCAUCAUCGAAGAAAGCUCGGCGCCCCCGUACCGCUUCUCCAGGCCCCCCACGGAGAGGCAGCUGGUCCGCGGCGCAGACUACAUCCGAGGCAGCAGGUGCUACCUCAGUUCGGAUCUGCACAGCAGCGCCACGAUUCCGUUCCAGGAGGAAGGGACCAAAAAGAAAGCUGGGCCCUCGGCAGCCAGGUCCUCUUCCGCUGAACCGUCCCUGUUGGUCAGCUGGUUUACCCGCCUGAAACUUUUGACUCACUGAGCCCUGCACUCCCUGGCUUCUCCCCGUUUCCUGUCACCAAGUGCCUUGCUUCCUCGGUUGACAACCUGUUCUGAUUUUCAUCCGCAGUAUUAUGUAGCGACUUUGUGCAAUUCCGUGGGGUUUUUUUUGGUUUUGUUUUGUUGUUGUUGUUGUUUUAACAUCGUGUACUGCCCUUCUGGGAAUUUUGAAGUCAUUGGAUGGGAACAAAUCCAGAGGAUCUUAGGUGAGGCUUGUGGAGACUGAAGGAGAAGAAUGAUUCAAGUCUGAUUUUUUUUUUCUUUUUUUUUUUUUUUUUUGCUUUCUUGAGAGUCAGAAUAUGGAGACAUGCUCUAUAAACCGGAGCCUCAGCCAGGAAUGUUGUGGUCGUUAUGAGGAACUGGGCCGUUUUUCAUUUUGGGGUGGGGCUGAAAUGGGUGGCCCCUGUCACACUGAUGUGUUGGGUUUUGGUCCAACUUCUUCACCUGAAAAAGCCAGCGGAGAAAACGUUUUUGUUUUGAUUUUUCAAGCUACAUACCAUAUGUGUACGUGUAGCGGCUCUGACUUUGAAAUAACACUUGUCAAGGGGCUGAUGCUCUUUCAGAGCGGAGAGUCAAGUGUAGGCCUGUUACACUUGGUUAAUAUCCUUUUCAUAACAAUCUCCGUGGAGGUCAAGUCACACAAAAACAUGUGAAACUAUUUCGAUAGGGCUCCCUACCCACAAAGAAGUUUAUGGUUAUUUGAGAGAGGUGGCCUCGUUGUUAUGUAUUAUUGUCUUUAAGGGAAAAAGAAGCUAUACGAUUUGCUGACGGCCAAAGCAUCAUUCAGAAAAAUGAAACAACUUAUGUUUAGAAGAGAGACGUUGGUUUGUGUUUUGACCUGUUCAAUGACUAUCUUCCGGAAAAGAAUGGACAGUUCCUCAAAAAUUAUAUACAUUUGGCUAAUUAGAAAUUUCUUGGGGAAAAAAACUCACGGUCACUCACUUUCAGCUAGCAUCAGGUAUUUUGGAAAAGUGUGUCUGGAUAUUAACUCAUGUUUCAACUGAAUGUAUGAUAUUUUGUUAGAAUGGAAAAGUACUAUCUUGUUAAUUUAAAUGUUUUAAAUAUAGUUGUAUAUUUUUCCUACUCUUAGUCACAUGUAAUUGAUAUAUUGGUGUCUUACAUGAAGCUAAUGAGAAAGUGUGCAAGAUGUUUUCAGGUUCACCAGUGACCACCAAGGCUAUUGCCACUGUGGGCACUAUUGUUAAAAAAAAAAAAAAAAAAAAAAGCAAAAUAAACCCUUCC